AUGGAUCCUCCUUCGCAGAACGCCAUCAAACGAUCACUCCACUUUCUCUACGAACUUCAAACUCUUACUUUGCGCCAAAGUCGACUCGAAAUAACCCCUGAGGGAGAAGUUCGAUCUCGUUUCUCGGGCGAGGAUAAGGAACGAAUGAGACGUCGUUUAAAAGAGUUUGCCGCUCAGGCGACUAAGGAUGCACAGGCUGGCUUGUUACGCUCGGAACACCACCAAACUGUGGAUCACAUUUUGGUGGGCGAUGAAGAGCCGCUGAAUGCGCUCGGUAGACAGUUGGCCACUCUUCCAUUAGAUCCCCAAUGUGGUAAAUUACUUCUCUUAGGAUCAGUAUUCUCCUGUCUGGAACCAGCGCUUAUUGUGGCCGCUUGUUUGUCCUAUCGAGAUCCGUUCGAAAUUCCCAUGGAACGUGAAUCUCAAGCCCAUCGUAAACGGAUGGAAUUAUCUCAAAACACUCUCAGUGACCAUUGGGUAUUGGUAUCAGUGAUACAGAAAUUCCGCCGACUAACUUCUGCAUAUGCACGUCGCCAAUUUUGUGAAGAAUACUUUCUACGUGAUAAUAUCAUUCUUGUGAGUCUCCAUGAAUUGUGA